AUGGCCCUUCAAAUAAUGAAAGAUUCAGGAGUUAGAGCCAUGAUUGAAUCUUGUAAGGGAUUAAAAGAGUUACCAGAGGAAGGCAUCUGGACAGGAGAUCUCGUGAGAGUUUCAUUGCGUCUUAAUUGCAUUGAAGAAAUUGCUUCUAAUCAUUCACCAAGAUGUCCCAACCUUUCAACUCUACUGUUGGAUGGCAAUUUUGAAUUGAGACGGAUUGCAGAUUCUUUCUUUAAGCACUUGCAUGGGCUCAAGGUUCUUGAUCUUUCUAAUACAGGGAUCCAAAACUUGCCAAAUUCUGUCACUACCCUCGUCAAUCUCGCCUCCUUGGUGGUCCGUGGAUGUCGAAAGCUAAGGCGUGUGCCAUCUUUAGCAAAUCUCAGAGAACUGAAGAGAUUGGAUCUCAGAUCUAGUGGAGUUGAAGAAGUGCCAGAUGGCCUGGAAUUUCUGUCCAAACUCAUGUAUCUAGACCUCGAAGGUACAUCGGUAAAAGAAAUAAGACCUGGGAUACUACCUAAACUCUCUCAUUUGCAAUUUCUUAAACUUCCUUUAACGUUAGCAGUCGAGGGAGAGGAAGUUGCAUCACUGAGCAAGGUGGAAACUUUGUAUUGUCGUUUCCAUGAUCUCGUAGGCUUCAACACAUUUGUCAAAUCAAUGGAAGAAUUGAUGAUUGGAAGUAAAUUUGAACUUUUAAUAGGACCAUUUUCCCAGAAUAUGGAUGACCCUAUGUUUUUAAGACGUCCUAAGUUUGAUAAAAAUGUUGUGGCGUAUGAUUGCAGUAUCGGCAAAGAAGGGAAUUUUCUGAACUUUCCAGCUGACUUGCAAGAGCUAGCGAUUGUAGAAUGCAAUGAUGCACAAAGCUUACACUGUGUUCAUCCGUUCAGAUAUGCAACUCAACUGGAAUAUGAAACUCAACUGGAAUACGUUUCCAUUAGAAAGUGCAAUGGGAUGGAGUGCUUGUUUUUGUUGCCUGAAAACGGUUGGCGUAUUUUUCCAAGACUUAAAUUUCUAAACCUUUACAGUUUGGAGAACUUCCGUUUCCUCUUUGGCGGAGAAGUUGCUGUUGCACCAUCAUUGCCAUAUUAUGGUAACAGCUUUAACCAACUGAGAACUUUUGAGAUGAUAAAUUGCCCAACCAUUAAGAAGUUGUUCCCUCCUUGCCUGCUGCCGAACCUCCAAAACCUGGAAAGGAUUAAAGUCAAAGAUUGUUUGUCGAUGGAGGAGAUAAUAGGAGCAGAAAGACAAGAAGAACAAGUAACUAUGGAUUUCAGUCUCCCAAAGUUAUGGAAUUUCAAGUUGAGAAAUUUACCACAACUGAAGAGCAUUUGUGAUCGGGCAGUGAUUUGUGAAUCUCUUCGACUCAUCCGUCUAAUUGACUGUCCAGGGCAAAUGAUGGAUGUACCAUUCUUUUAUCCCAGUGGCCAUCAAUCUUUUGACAGGGUUGAGAUAAGUAGAAAUUAA